GGAUCGAGCCCAACUCGCUCGAAGCAUAGGGUUUCGCCUGAACCGCCGAACCACCGUCGCCGCCAUGUACAACGGCAUCGGGCUGCAGACGGCGCGCGGGUCCGGCACGAAUGGGCACGUCCAGACCAACAAGUUCUUCAUCCAGCCCCGGACCGGCGGCCCGCCGCCCAAGGCCCACAGCCACGACGACGGCGCCGCCGGGAUGAGGAAGCUGAACAAGGAGAUCCUGGAGCACGACCGGAGGCGGCAGGUGGAGCUGCGGCUGGUCGAGCUGAGGGACACCCUCGAGGAGCUGGGUUACACGGAAGGCGAGAUCGAGGAGCGCGUCGAGGAGGCGCGCAAGGAGGCCGAGCUGCAGACUGCCGCGCCGCGUCCGGUGGAAGGGUUCACGAGCACGCAGAGCCACCAUGUCGCAGCACGCAAGGAGAAGAAGCUCGAGACGCUGAGGGCUGCUCUUGGGCUAGAUGCUGAGGUUGGACAGAAGAAGAGUUCUCAAGUAGACAAUGAUCCGGAGUCUGGGGAGCUUGUACCUGCGAAGGAUGGAUUCUGAAGAGUGCACUGGACAUUCAUGUUCAGAACGACAGGAAGGCUUUCAAGGGUGGUAAAAAGCGUACAGAAGGAAAGAGGGAAUGACAACAGCACAAGUUGUAGCAAGAGUACGCAUGUGUAUGAUUCAGAAGAUGAUUUUGAGGCUGACCAUGAUGAUGAGAAUAGGGAAAGAAACACAUGAAGAAAUCCUUCUUAGAUGGAGAUGUUGAUUCCGAGAUUGUUCAUAAGAAGGCAACUAUGUAAGCUAUGUAUAUCUAAGAUGUGCUUUUAAUUGUUGGA